GUCGCUGUGAACGACCCGAACGUAACCGUACACAAGAAGAUCGGCGAUCGGCACCAGUUUCAGUGCCGAGCGCUGGGCGUACCCCAGCCUCGCAUACACUGGAUUCUGCCCACGGGUCAGGUGCUGAACGGCUCGUCCAACACCGUUCACUACCUGUUCAAACCGGCCGGCAGUUUGGCACUGUUUCACCUGAAGCCCAGGGAUUCGGGCGCCUAUAAGUGUGUGGCCGAGAAUAUGUACGGCUCGGUCGGCGUCUCAAUGACACUAAUGAUCGACAACAUUGAUCUCCAUUUGUAUCCGUUGACCAUCGCUGCCAAUUACGUCACACUGGUAUGGAACGGUACGGGCCGUAACUCUUUCCACGAAUACCAGAUCAUAUACAAAGUGAUCGACGAGACGAGUGCCACAACACCUGUGCCAACCCCGGCGGCCCUCGACAGCAACAGCACCGACAGCACCACCACAGCGGCCAACGGAACUCUGGCUGUGGACAGUGCUAUGAAAUACCGCUACGAGACGGUCACCGUUAACCACAUGUUGCGCUCCUAUAGUCUGACACAUUUGGUGCCCAACACUAAGUACUGGAUCUGUUUGACGGUGAAGGACGCCGACGCCCACAACGGCUACGUACAGCUGUCGUGCACUACGGUUGUGACCAAACCGGCCACACAUACCACGGCUAAGGCCCCGUUGGCCGCCGCCGGCGCUGCCGGUCGCGAGUCGACCAACUUUGCGGUGGCCAUCAGUAUUAGCGUAACCAUUUUGGCGGUGCUGUUCAUGUACUUCGUGUAUAUGGGUCUGAAGAGGUAUCGCAUACAUAGACAGUAUGAGAUACCGGUGCCGAAGUUGACCGCCGCUAACCCCUGUCCCCAAAUUUGCGGAAAAUACCUCUCAGCCAUUGCUUCCGGUGCUUAUGAACAGCCCAUCGGAUCCGAUAUGUGUUGUCAUCGGUUGACAGUCCCUCAAGAGGUUCAU